UCAAGCAGGUGUUGUGGACAUCACUGUAGCAGGGGGUGGAAAAGUAGGGACAAUCACCAUCCAAUAUGGGGACUAUACGUUUUAUGUGGAUGUUACUCCUCUCAGGCUCUCUAUGUGUUCAUGUUGUCAGGGGCAUCCCCAUCGGUACCUCAUCAGUGGACUGUGCUAAAGGGUCAGCCGUGACACUGGGACCUGUGGAUGAGGAAUAUAUGGGUGAAGUGGAAGUCCUCAAUGAGAUCCCUGUGGGUAAUACCUUGAGGCUUGUGGCGUAUGCCUUUCCAGACCACAUCAACUUUCUCGAGUUAGUCUACACCCCUGGGAGUACAAAUGCAACAGUCCGUACCAAGAUGGCACUGGAUGCAGAUCUGUUACCACAGACUGGCGGGCAACUUUGGUAUUCUGUUAUGUGUGUGAAUGGCGAGCUAGAAAAUAAACGAAAACUUAUCCUCACCGACGUAAAUGACAACGCUCCAAUAUUUGAGCAAAAGGUGUACAUGGAAACGAUAUCUGAGAUUCAGGCAGUGAAUACUGAGGUGAUCAGAGUGAAAGCUGUGGAUGCCGACAUCAGCAUAAACAACAACAGAAUUACAUACCGCAUAUUGGCCCCAGCACCCGCUGACUUUGAGGUCCGCAACGAUGGGGCUGUAAUGCUGAAGAGACCUCUGAACUACAACAUCGCCCAAAACUACAACUUUAAAGUUGAGGCUCGGGAUAAUGGUGAUCGCUUCGACACAGCAACCGUUCUUCUUGAGAUUACGGACUUUGAUAAUCUGAAUCCCUAUUUCAAUCACAGCCUUUACCAGGCUACCAUACAGGAAGACCAAACGGGGCCUUUCCUCACCAUCGAGCCAGAGGCCAUAAAAGCACAAGAUGGAGACACUGGCAUCAAUGUGGCUAUAGUCUACAGCAUCAGUUCAGUAUCGCCAAGCAAGUUUCUGAGUAACUUCAACAUCGACGCAAACAGUGGAGUCAUCUCCGUGGUGACUGGGCUGGACAGAGAGGAGAUACCCACAGUCACUGUCAAUAUCAAGGCAUCUCAGCAGGAUGACAGCCUAAAGACUGCUGAUGCUUUGGUGUCUGUUACAAUCGAGGACGUCAAUGACAACGCUCCAGAGUUUGACAAAGCCAGCUACUCUGUCGCACUAUUGGAGAACUCUCUAAAAGACACAGUUGUUUUCAGAGUCACAGUCACUGACCUGGACAAGGGUGGAUUUGUGGGAACGUUGCGGAUCCUUCCGGAGACUGAGCCUUUCUCCAUACGUUUGGAUGGAACUGUCAUAGUGAAGAGUUCAGCUGACCUGGACAGGGAGACUGUUGGAAACUUCCUCUUUCAGAUUGAAGCACGGGAAAACGACCCACCUAACCACAUUGUGUUGGCGGAUGUGAACGUCACCCUCCUGGAUGAGAAUGACAACAGUCCUCAAUUUAAGAGCUCCAGGUACGAGGGCAAAGUCUUCAAGAACCAAACGGUGGGGAUGUUGGUUACCCAGGUUGAAGCAGCAGACCUGGAUUCUGGUGUUAAUGGACAGGUCAAGUACUCAAUAGAGUUUGGGAACCUGGAAGGAUAUUUCUCCGUCGAUGAAAACACAGGCGAGAUAAAGCUGGAAAAAAACAUUCCUCUGGAGGAGAACAAGGUCCUUCAGUUCUCUCUCUAUGUGACAGCAAGAGAUGGGGGCAUUAUAUCUCGUUCCUCCGCGGUGCUGGUGGAGAUCCAGGCACCUGGAGAUUCCAAACCCCAGUUCCUCUUGAACACCUACCAUGGGAGCAUAGAGGAAGAGAGGGUUCCAGGGGUGGUGAUUGUCAAGGUGACUUUCCUAGCAGUAACUCCAGUAGUUCCCGUGACGCUUCAGGUCCUGACAGACGUCGACAAGUUCGCCAUUGACUCCAAAGGCGUUUUCACCUCUAAGGUCAAACUAGACUAUGAGACCCAAAGCAACUACUCAGUCCAGAUCGCAAUCUCAGAUGGCACUAGCAGCGAUGAGGCAACUGUCGUGGUGGAAGUGAUUGACAUCAAUGACAACAGCCCCGUGUUUGGCGCCAGCUCUGUGACACACCCGGUCCCAGAGGAUACGGAGGUAGGGGCCAACCUCACUGCCAUGACCGCCACGGACGCGGACGACGGCUUCAACAGGGAGCUCCGCUAUGCCCUCCGGGGAGGCGAGGGGAAAUUCGCUAUCGACCCCAAAAUGGGGAUGGUGUCCCUGGCUGGGGCGCUGGACAGAGAAACCAAAGCAGAGUUCAGCCUGGAGGUGGUGGCUCAGGACCAAGGUCGUCCAGCUCUCUCUGCUACCGCUACCCUGCUCAUUCAAGUAUCUGACAUCAACGACAACAUUCCAAGUUUCUCCAAGACGGAAUAUGAGGUUGAGGUCUUAGAAACAGAGUCUGUAGGAACGACACUGGUCACCCUGGCAGCGGUGGACCUUGACGAAGGCACAAACGGUGCAGUGACCUAUAGUAUAUUUCAGCAAGACCCUCCCUCGACCGUGGCGUUCUUCCAGUUGGACUCUUCCACUGGGGUACUGCGGCUGGCUCAGGCCUUGGACUAUGGAGCAGUGAAGGUGUACAACCUAAUGGUACAGGCUGCAGAUGGGGGGACACCAUCCCUCGUUGGGAAUGGAUCAGUGGUGGUGAGGGUGAAAGAUGUGAACAACAACCCGCCCCAGUUCAGCGCAGAGCGCUACGAUGUCGCCGUCUCUGAGAACCUGGCCAGCGGAGCGGCUAUCGUGACCCUGGAGGUCACCGACGAGGAUGAGGGUGGAUUCUCGAAUGGUCACUUCAUAUUUACCAGUGAUACCUUCAACAUAAACAAACAAGGUGUUGUGUCCCUGAAGAAUGAUGUCACCUUGGACAGAGAGACGAAGGAUAACUAUGUUUUACAGGUGGUGGCGGUGGACAAAGAUGGCCUGAACGCCACAGCCCAGCUCAACAUCACCGUUCUAGACUACAAUGACAACAUCCCCCAGUUCCCUACUCUUCCAGACCCCAUCCCUGUCCCUGAGGGGGAGUACUCUGACAAGUCUCCAGGAGAGGUGUACCAUAUCCUGGCCACUGACUCAGAUCUCAGCUCCAACGGAGAAGUCACCAUCUCUAUCUCCUCAUCCACCACGCUCUUUCGCUUCAGGGAGGAUGGGAUGCUACUGGUUGUGGGUCCUCUGGAUCGGGAGACCAACGACAUCUAUGAGCUGGUCAUUGUGGCCACUGACAAGGGGACACCACAGAGACAGAACAUGACCAGCAUCAGAGUGAGUGUGACAGAUGUGAAUGACAACACGCCAGUGUUCAGUGCCGAUACGUACACUAAGAGCAUCCUGGUGAAGGACGCCAAGGUGGGGGACGUGCUGUUGACCCUCUUUGCCACAGACAAGGACAUGGGCCUGAACGCACUGAUCACCUACAGUUUAUCCUCAGGCACCUCCCCUCGCUUGGCCCUGAAUGGUAGCACAGGAGAGGUGACUGUGGCCUCUGACCUUUCUGAUGUCACAGAGGACACACUGCUUGAACUCACUGCAAUGGCAAAGGACAGCGGACUGCCUCCUCUGAACUCCACAGCCAAUGUCCAGGUCCUCCUGAUGACUGUCAGCCUUGGAGUGGACGUGGCCUUUGAGAGCUCCUCCUACAACUUCAGCGUUCCGGAGAAUGAACUAAAAGGGAUACUCGUGGGGACAGUGAAGGCAACCCCAGGGAGCCCCGUGUUUGUGGUCAAAUACGUCCUGACCACGCACACAGACCUGUUCUCCAUCGAUGCCCUGGGAGCCCUCACCACCAGAGAGAAGCUGGACAAGGAGACUGAGGAGUGGUACAUCCUGGAGGUGGAGGCAGUGGACUCCAGGACUCCCCCUACUUCUGCCGUCGCAAUGGUCAGGGUGCAGGUGGAAGAUGUGAACGAGGCCCCAGAGUUCAAGGAAGAGACUUAUAAAGCCAAGAUCUUCAGCAUUGCCCCAUACAAAUACCCUGUGGUCCAAGUUCAGGCCACAGACCCAGAUAGUGGUGACAGCGGGCGUCUGGAGUACAGUCUGACGGAGCCCAGCUCGUCCUUUGACGUGGACCAUUCCACGGGCCAGGUGUAUGUGGUGUCAGCGGUGGGAUUAGAAGGAAAGACAACCGCCCUCCUGGUGAAGGCCACAGAUCCUAAAGGACUCCAUGCUACAACCAUGGUGGCGGUGGACGUGCAGGGAAGUGCCAGUAGUGAUUUCGUAGUCAUCUCCCUCAAUCAGGCCACCAAUGUUGUGGAGAAGAAGGUCCCUGAGAUGGAAGAGUCUUUAGGGCGAGUUCUGGGCUGGACCAUGAAGGUGGUAGGGAUUUCCAGCACUAGCAGAGGCGCUGUUGCGUCCCGGGAAACUGGGAGCGCCGCCAAGACGUUCGUUAGCUUCAUUGCCGCGGACGGCGGGGAAGUCAUCCCUGCCGAAGACGUCAAAAACAAGCUGCAGAGUGAGGCGAGCACGGUGAAGGCGGAGCUAGAGAAGGUGUUUGGGGCGGGGCUGGAGCAUGUGGUGGAGGAGGAGUCAGCCGACCCCGCCUCUGACCAGGUCAUAGUCAUCGUCCUGGGCGUCCUGUUCGGCCUGAGCCUGCUGGGAUUGGUGGCGAUGGUGACAUUCACCGUUAUCAAGUUCAGAAGGAUGAAAGGACCCAUAGAAGACUCCUAUAGGGAAAGCUUUGACAUUGAUAGGCAAAAUGAAGCUUACACAAAUAACGAGAUGAUGGCAUCCGCCACAGGCUCAGAACAGGGGCGAAGGUCAUGGAGAAAGAGUAAGACUUCACUGGAGGCAGAGCCAGAGUGUGACAGACAAGAUAAAGAAGAUAGUGACAGCGACAACAGCCACAUCUCCUCUCUUUAAGUCCCACCGACAUCUAAACACAAACAAACACACCCAAUGAAUGUCUGUGCACCAGAGCAGCGAGACAGAUCGAGCUACACUGCAAUCAUUAGUUUGCUCUGACUUAUUGGUUGGCUAUCGGUUGGCUAUUGUACUAAUAAAAUGCUUUGACAGUCAA